AAAAGGAAUGUAACAUGCGAAUUUGAAAUGUCAAAUCUAAUGCCACUGUCAUUAAAACAUCAAUAUUGAUAUUGAUGAAAAAGGUGGAAACUAGAGAAGAAAAACUAAGGAAAUACUAUUGUAUCGAAAUUAACUUUUGAAAUCCCUGAAGUUCAGUGUUGUGUCCUGAAAGUGAAUGCAGCAUGGCCAAACGACAAGGCAAGGUCUAUUUAGGAUAUGAAGAGGAAAUCAUUGGAGAGAAGAACCAAGUUCUUCUGAGUUACAAAGUGAACAAAAUAGGUGGUUUCCCAAACUGGCCACCUCUAGAUAACUUAAAAUAUUCAUCGAAAUGUCCAUUAUGUGGAUUGCAUCGAAUGCUGAUCGUCCAAUGCUAUGCCCCGCUGGAAAAUUCCGUCUACCACAGAACAUUGUAUGUUUUUGCCUGUAUUAGUCCUAAUUGCUGGAACCUAUCGGAAGGUUGGGAAUGUGUCCGGAGCCAGAUCCAAGAAUCAAGUGUAACAAAGCAGGAAAGCAUUACAGUAACACCAAGUGCUGCCAACCUCGCGUGGUGCAAUGCAGCUGAUGAAUGGGAUGAGAAUGACAAUGGUGAUUCUACUAAUGGCAAUGUUAUGAAUGUUGAUAAUGAACCAGCUAAUGGUGUGAGAAACUCUGAUGAUGAUGAGAGUAAUUCCUUUGAGUUGGAAACUGUUGAGCAAGCAUUGGGAAAUCUACAGGUGUUUGAUGCUCAUAAUGCCAAUAUGUCCCCACAAGGUGCGGUGGGCUCCAACUGUGGCCCAGAGGCAGCAGCUGAGCUGGAAGGAGGUGAUGAGCCCGGCUUGGUUAUUGUGGAGACUCCUACUGCCGCGAUGAAUGAUAUUGAAGCUCUGCUGCAUCAGACUGCAGAGCUACCGGUUGAAUUAAGAAACAAGCUGACGCGAGUACCAAUGCAGUUCAUCCCUAAGUAUAUUUACGUGGAAGAGGAAUACAAGAAAUCAUGCUUUAAUGAUGAUCGCGUCACUGAACUGCUUAAUAAAUAUAAAAAUGAGAAUGAAUUAGAUAUCGAUGGUGUUGCGGAGAGUGUGUCGGGGGCUGGGGCGGGGGCGGGGUCGGGGGAUGAGGAGACGUACGAGGAAGCCGCUCCCCUGCACGGUGAUAAACUCUUUCACGCUUUCGUCACACGAUUGAAGAAUAACCCUGGACAAAUACUAAGAUAUACACGAGAUGAGGCACCAAUUCUCGGUGCUCCUUUAGUAGUCAACUCCGCGAUACCGGAGUCUCCGCGCGUACCAAAUGUAUGCAACCGCUGUGGUUCCCGACUCAUCUGUGAAUUACAAUUAGUACCAGAGUUCGCCGAUACAUUGAAAAUUUCCCCCAACGAUAUAUCAUUGUCCCAUUUACAUUUCCUCUCCGUACUCAUCUUCACGUGCUCACAAAGUUGCUGGCAGUCAAUGGACACUGUUGUCAAUGAAAUUGUCGUAUUCCAACCAGAAAUCGUUUAAUCGAUAGAAUUAGUCGAAGUUCACAUUUUGCCUUUCUUCUCGUCGUAGAAAUGAAUAAAUUAUGCCUUAUAGUGUAGGUGAUAAAGGUCAUUUUCUGCUUCAGACAUUUAGGUUGUAGAAGAUAUAGUAUUAAAGAAAUUACUCUAUUAAUCAAAGUAUCCGCAGAAAUCUGCAUACAUAUGUAGGACGGGGUAAGGUGGUCUAACCAUGAUCAGAUCUUAUUGGACAUUUUACCCCAUCUCACGCUCGAAUAUUCAGGAUUUGAUAAAUUCAGUGCAAUCUAUAGGAUAUAUUCAUAUAGCGUCCGCAAUAAGGAAAUUAUAUCGUCCUAUUAGCUUGUACAAAUAUCAGUUAAAUUGGUUUUAUAAAACCUAUCGAAAAAUGCUUACUUUAAUUACUAUUUGAAAAGAGAUCUUUCUAAACAAACAAAAUAUAAUACAAUGUGAUUUUUGAUCCAUGUAUAAAUCUGGAUAUAACAAAAAACGUCCAAAUGGAUACUGUAGAAAUUGCAAUAUUUUACCUACUAAACGAUAUUGGAUGUUGUUUUUAUUAAUACUACGAAACUGAAUAUCAAAAAAUAGGAGAUUCCUAAUUCGUCUGUAUGUUUUUUCAUUAUUUUUAUGUAUAAAUAAUCAGUUUGUAUUACCGAAAUUUACGUCUUUUAUUUGUUUUACGUUUUUAUUAUUGUAUAAAAAAAUGGGUAACAAAUAUCCAUAAUG